GGCGCGAUUCGAUCGGCGGCGGCGGCGUCUGCGGAGAGAGGGCGCAAAAGGCGAGGGAACCGGCACCAGACAGGAGGCUUUCCAUGAAGACAUCACACACUGCGGACGUCGGGUGCGGGCCAUGACGCCCUGAGCAUCAAGCGGAUGGUCAUGGCGGAACUGGAGGUGGAUCAGUCUCACCUGCCACAGGUCCAGGAAGUGUGUCAGUGUUUCUCCACGCUGGAGGACGGGGCCUUGGCUCAUAGUCUGCAGGAGCAGGAGAUCGAGCAGUACUACAGCGCCAACGUGCAGAAGAACCAGCUGGUGCAGAAUGACAUCCGCAUUGCCAGGCAGCUGCAGGACGAGGAAGAGCAGCAGGCCCGCCAGAGCAGAGCCUCUCGACGACUGGAGGAGCAGGACUCCGAGUACGCACGCAUGAUCCAGGAGGAGAUCGAGAGGAACGCUGAAGAGACACGGAGGAGGGAGCAGGAGGAUGAGGAAAUGGCAAAGCGGUUGCAGGAGGAAGAGGAGAUGGAUAUCAGGCAACAGAGGCUAGCCAGCGCUUACCACAGCAGUACCGAACCCUUUGCGCUCCCUGAAGAAUGUCCCAGUGUGCCUGCCCAGCCGUGUCCACCUCUACCCGAUUGCCCCGGUCUAAGGGAGGACGAGAGCACAGAACAGAGAGGGGAUGAAAGAGGGAUCCCCAGGGGAAGCCCUGGCUACUGUGAGAGCAGCGGUCCCUACACACGGGCCAGCCGUGGCUCCCUCCCUGGAGACGGGCAGAGUCGCCGCCGCGGUCUAAGGCUCGAUGGAAACCACCAUCGGUCAGAAGGUUCAGAAGGCACCGCUGAUGAUGAGGCUGUGCCUUCUUACACUCAAGGCUAUAGACUGGAGAAAAUAGCCUCUGAUGGUCACUGCCACACUCAGCACCACGAGGACCGCAGCCUCCGCAUCAGCCGCACAUCGGCGGAAAGGGAUGCUGAAGUACGCGAUCGGGAGGACGGGGUGAAAUUGCAAAGGAGACGCAGUGUCAGAGAGGAGGGGUGCCCUCACAGCACCCGCCAGAGAGACUAUGGGGAGGGAGGAGCUGACAGACAUCAUAGCCACCGUAGUAGAAGGAGAGAGUGUGUUAGGAGCUGGACUUACAGGGAAAGAGGGACAAAGGAGAAACGCGUCCAUUUUAAAGAUGAGGGGAGGCGUUAUAACAGUUUCCGUGGUGAUGACAGGGGAGCUUCCUCAGCAAGUGACGACGACUACUUCAGGGACCGAAGGGAGGCAUCAAGACAGAGUUGCCGUGGCGAUCUAAGGUGGGCAAGAGGAGAUGGGAACAGGUUCGAGGAACGCAAUGCCCGCCGCCGCAGCCAGUUUUUAAAAAGGGACGAGCCUACCAGGUGCUCUUACGGAGGCGAAUUUCGAGACAGGAGGAGUAAGUCGGAGAGUGAGUGCUGCCGGGAGCGGACACAGAGUAGCAGGAAUCGUGGGUACGGAGAGAGUCACAACGACUUUACAGUCCAGGAGGGCAGGGUCUACCAGCAGGGAUACAGCAGCUCUGAGUACAGUGGUGAUGACUGUCACCCCCAUCGCCAUGGAGAAGGAAGGGAGGUGGAGGGGCGGGGCCACAGGAGGAGCAGCAGAAGGAGUACAAGGGAGGGCGGGGCCAGAAGGGAGAGUCGUGGAGAGCGCGGGGUCAGGCGGGCCGAGAGCAUGCGGUGGCCUUUGCAGCCCUCCAGCUCAGAGGAGGAAGGGGGACAGAGGGGGGACGGACGGCGGCCGGACCGUGUCCAACGCAGCAGCAGCAGCUUCUCCGGCGGCCGGGUUGCACCCAGGGCCAGACACAGAGGAGCAGGCGGUGGCCCACCACCACCUGGAGCGUCUCUGGAGCUGGGGGCCCUGCGGCAGGUGUUGUUGGACGAGGAACUGGCACGCCGCCUGCAGGAGGAGGAGGAGCGGCUGCUUGCGGAGAGCCCACAAUCUCACCCCAACCUAGAGAAAAACGAGCCUGAGGGAGACUUUCGAGUGGCCCAGGUGGCCCAGGAUGAGGAGAUUGCCCACUACAUCCAGCACCAGGAGAGGCGCUCCCAGCGGUGGUCCCGUGACCUAGAGGAGGAGGGGCCGUGGCGAGAGCGCAGAGUCCGAGGGGAUCCCUGCGAAAGGAGGACCGGUGCGGAGAGGAAGGUUUCCCAAGCGCUGCGAGGGAGGCUGGACUCGGAGGGUCUCAAUUCCCCCGGUGAAGACUGCUCUCCAGAGCACCAGCCCUCCAGCCCAGUGAGCACAGUGCCGCCCACACAGCCCAUGAAGAACAUUGCAGAGGAGCUGGAUCCCACAUUCAAGGCCAAAAGGCGGGGGAGUAACCCAUCUGGCCAGACCACAUCAGGGAACUGCCAGUCCAACUCGACUCCUCUCGCCGGCGUGUACGACUACGUGCAGGAGCCUACGUUCGUCCCGCCCACCAAGCGGCAAAGCAGCAAAUCGGCGCGUCCCAAAGCCAAAGACAAGAAGGAGAGCUGCAAGCAGCAGUGACCUGCCCCUCUGUUGUCAUGGUUACACGCAAAACCAUAAUUCCUCCCUUUGGCAAAACUGAAAAUACGCUGCUUUUUGGUUCAGUUCUGUAUCAUGCGCCUUCUGAUCUGAGAUCAGCGAUGGUUAUCGGGGGGACUUAGACAAACGACAGUACUGUUGAGAAAACACUGACUAAUUGCUGACUGCACACAUGAAAUGACAAGACAUGUUCACAUGUUAUUACUUCAAAAGAGGAAGUACUGCAUUUCUACGGAAAAACUAUGCGGAUGCUCACGCUCAGCGAGAAGAGCAAAAAAAGUGAAGAUAGAUCUCUAGGUUUUUCAUAGUAUUCUCCUGGAUCAGAUAUUUUGGUUUUGACAAUUUGUUCCAUUUAUUUAGAAUUCGGAUCUAGCUUUUGUGCAGUAUACUGCGUAACGCGGGCAAUGCCCUUGACCUUUGUAGAAAUGGCUCCUAAUUGUUUCUUUUUCUUUUUUUAAGUCGGAAAAAUGAACAAAACUGAGUUUGUAGCACUACUCUUUACACUCAACACUCGUUUCAGGUUUUUUUUAAAUUUUUAU